CGAACCGCGGAACAGAGUGCACAAACUGACCGAAAGCAGGUGUCGUUGGCUUUCCCACCCGCUGGUUCCGUUGUUCACCGGCUUGCUGACGGUGCUCUAAAUUCCUGUGCUCGGUUGUCGCGUAGAGCAGUGCACGUUUCGGUUCGAAAUUGGAUUAACUCUCGUCGUGUUAAGCGAGACAAAAAAAAACGUCCCCCAUCGUCAGCGUGUUGGGUCGAAGGGCCAUUGCCGCCAGUUCGUCGUACGCACCACCGUCGUCAUGAGGGAAAUUGUACAUCUUCAGGCCGGCCAGUGUGGCAAUCAGAUCGGGUCCAAGUUCUGGGAGAUCAUUUCCGACGAGCAUGGCAUUGAUCCGACCGGGCACUACCAUGGGGACACGGAUCUACAGCUCGAGCGCAUCGACGUGUACUACACCGAGGUGAACGGGAACAAGUACGUGCCACGUGCGGUGCUGGUCGACCUCGAACCAGGCACGAUGGACUCCGUCCGGCAGUCACCCUACGGAGCGCUGUUCCGGCCAGACAACUUCGUCUACGCUCAAUCAGGCGCCGGCAACAACUGGGCCAAGGGCCACUACACCGAGGGUGCCGAGCUGGUUGACAACGUGCUGGAUGUGAUCCGCAAGGAGACGGAAGCGUGCGACUGUCUGCAGGGUUUCCAGCUAGCGCAUUCGCUCGGUGGUGGCACCGGUUCCGGUAUGGGCACGUUGCUGAUCUCGAAGAUUCGCGAGGAGUACCCGGAUCGUAUCAUGAACACCUUCUCCGUUGUCCCAUCACCCAAGGUGUCCGACACCGUUGUAGAGCCGUACAAUGCAACGCUCUCCAUCCACCAGUUGGUCGAAAACACGGACGACACGUUCUGUAUCGACAACGAAGCUUUGUACGAUAUCUGUUUCCGAACGCUUAAGCUUACCUCUCCCACCUACGGGGAUCUCAAUCACUUGGUGUCCGUGACGAUGUCAGGUGUGACGACUUGCCUGCGAUUCCCGGGACAGCUAAAUGCGGAUCUACGUAAGCUUGCCGUCAACAUGGUGCCUUUCCCGAGAUUGCACUUCUUCAUGCCAGGAUUUGCGCCCUUGACGGCCAAGGGUUCGCAGCAGUACCGUGCACUGACGGUGCCGGAACUGACCGCGCAGCUGUUCGAUGCCAAGAACAUGAUGACAGCUUGUGAUCCUCGCCACGGACGAUACCUGACGUGUGCCGCCAUUUUCCGUGGUACGAUGUCGAUGAAGGAAGUCGACCAGCAGAUGCUGAACAUUCAGAGCAAGUACAGCAGCUACUUCGUCGAGUGGAUCCCGAACAACGUGAAGGUGGCCGUGUGUGAUAUCGCACCACGAGGGUUGAAGAUGUCGGCCACGUUCAUCGGCAACACGACGGCCAUACAGGAGAUCUUCAAGCGCAUCUCGGAGCAGUUUACGGCCAUGUUCCGGCGCAAGGCGUUCCUGCACUGGUACACCGGCGAGGGCAUGGACGAGAUGGAGUUUACCGAGGCGGAGUCGAACAUGAACGAUCUCAUCUCGGAGUACCAGCAGUAUCAGGACGCCGCCGUCGAGGACUACGACGAGAUGGAGGAAAUUCCGGAGGAGGAGCAGCAGCAGGAGUAGCUUAUGUUUGUGAUUGUUUGAGUUUUGUUUUGUUCGUGUUUUGUUUUGCUUUUAGUUUUUACAUUCAAGCGAAAGACAGCUACUAGCGGACCAUGGGUAGUAAUUGGCAUACAGAUCGACAAGCGGGGGCAAGGCGCGAUCACCAUAUAGCAAAUUUAAACGCAAAUCGCCAUUUUUUAUCUCUCUUUGUGCGGGAGAGCGUAUAAAAGAUAUCUUGCGUGUAAAAUUCCAAUAAAUUAGAUAAUAUUUUAUUUUAUUGCCAAAUAAAACGGAUUUU